AUGAUUUCUCUAAAGCGUUGGUUGACAUUGAAAAAAAAAAAAUCAGGUUCUGAUACGGGACAUUUUAAUUCGUCUGCUUUUCCGGAUUUACCAGAAUCCCCGGAUUAUUUUCAUACCAGUUUGAUAAUACAUUUCGUUAAACACGUCAGCAACAAUAAAUGGAGACUCUGGUCCGUCACGUUUCAUCACACGGAUGGAAAAGAAGUUUCCUGUUGGUACAACGCAUUGGAAUCCGCUUUGAACAGAGAGGAUCGUCCGAAAAAUUUCCUAGUUUUUAUAAAUCCCUUUUGCGGAAAGCAAAAAGGAGUCGAGAUAUAUAAUAAAACGGUUAAACCGAUAUUGGAAUUGGCAAAAGUCGACGCGACGGUUAUCGUGACCGAGCACAACAUGCAUUGUAGAGACGUCAUAUUGUCGAAGGAUAUAAAAAAAUUCGACGGUGUCAUGGCCGUGGGAGGGGACGGUACCAUAUCCGAAAUAAUAAAUUCACUCAUAAUAAGAAUGAUACGAGAUGAGAAUCAAAACGAAAACGAAUGGAAUCUCGAUAUACCCAAAGUUAAAAUACCGGUGGCUAUAAUACCCUGCGGGAGCACGGAUUGCAUAGCCUACAGUCUCAACGGAACGCAAGAUAGAAAAACGGCGGCCAUAUUUGCCGUUUCCGGUUUUCGUUGCGGUCUCGACGUGUGCAGUGUUUAUUCACAAAAAGGUUUAUGCCGUUAUUUUCUCGGGCUUUUAGCCUACGGAUUUUUGGGAGACGUUUUGAAAAAAAGCGAAAAACACAGGUGGAUGGGUCCGAAACGCUACGAUUACGCGGGAUUUUUAACGGCUUUGAAAAAUAAAAAAUACUACUGCGAAAUAAACAUGGUUCUGUCUCACAGGGCUCCCGGAAUCGGUCCGAAAUGUUACAGCGGAUGCGAAAUAUGCGAGCAAACAAAUCGCGGUGGUAAAAUGGUCGUCGAUUCAAAAUCUAGGUAUCAGGAAAAAAAUUUAUCCGCCAUAAGAAACGAUUUGAAAAUAAAUUUCAACGGGGAGUGCAAGGGAAACGUUGAGAAAACCGUUACGGUUCGCGGAAAAUAUUUCGUCGUGGGAUGCGCGAACGUGUCUUGCGCUUGCGAAAGGAGUCCGAACGGUUUUUCCCCGUAUUCUCACGUCGGAGACGGGUCGAUGGACGUACUACUCAUAAAACCUCAAUCCCUUUUCGACAUCGGUAGAAUAUUGUUGAGAUCGAAAAGCAAAACCCAAGCUCUCUCCGAUUUAUCAUUCAUCGACACGUACAAAGCGAAAGAAAUGAAUUUGAAAGUUUUGGAUAAGAACAUGGAAGUCGUUACGAGUGCGAAAGAUGGAGAAAGGUACGUGGGAGCAAGCGUUUGGAAUUGCGACGGAGAACUCGUUUUCGAUUCGAACAUAAAAGUCAAAAAUAACAGUCAGUUGAUACAGGUUUUCACACGGAGAAUUUCCCCGAAUCCGUCGAAAAAUUCUUCGUGGUGUUGGAAUUGUUACAAUUGCUCAAAAAGUAAUUCGAAAGAUCUCGACAAACGUACUACUACUAAUAUUAUUAUUGCAACAUGA